GACCCGACACUUCAAAAACACGGAGCUAAACACAUAUACAAAGUACCGGAAGGACUACGAGAAUUGUGUAGCGACAUUUCACGGGAAGUUCUUCGCUCGCAACCGACCAACAUUCUCGCCUUUAUCGCCGAAUACGUGGACACACUUCUGAUCACGCGCGAGAAUACAAAAAUUGCAGUCAAAGUCGUAAACAAUAUUCUACUCGGAAGCGAGGCAAUUCUGAACAUACUUUACCGGGCUGGUUUCAGUUUGGAGCAAGUGGCGGUCGCCGCUCCACGGAUUCAAAAAGUAUUCCGCUCGUACCUGGACGCGAUGGAUUUGCGGCCAUUGAUAUGCGAGGAUGCAAUUUGCGAAGAGAAAUCCAAGAUAUCGAUUCGAAAUAUUUUAGAAGCAACAGGAGCAUCACCCGAAGAAGCAGAGCAAGCUUCCAUAAUAAUACAAUCUGCGUUCCGCGGUCACUACGAAAGGAUGUCCUUAAGCGAGGCCCAAGGAAAAAUUCAAUGGCAAAGAGCAGUGGCGAACACCCUGAAUAUUCUGAAGAAGGCUGGUGCAACGCAAACGGAAAUUGCUAAAGCCGCAAGACACGUGAAAUUUGCCUAUCGAGGAUACUACAACAGAAGGAAUCAAAAGAUCGACCCUCUGGAAGACGAGCCUCUCAAGAAGGAUGAACGUAUAUUGGAGCCCGUGGAGGCUUUCCAAGCGGUUGCUUGGAUGGACGUGAUGUACGAAGAUUCUGGAUUAGAAAUGCAAAAGGCCAACGAAGCUGCUACAAUUAUUCAAAAAGCUUUUAAAAGAUAUCGUGCAAAAAAACAAAAGUACGAUUUGCAACAAUUGGAGACAACGUCAACAAUGGUCGCUGAUGCCGUUGUCGAUAAAGUGCAUCAGAAGAUUUUUGAAAAGAUAACCUCGCGCAAAGAUAUCCCCGAAGAGUAUGGCACUCGGGAAGAAAUGAUGUAUAUGAAAUUUCCGGAUGACGAAAAAGAGGAGGAGGAAGAAGUAGAAGAAGAAGAGGGUGGGUGCAAUUAUUGCUAA